AUGGCUACUAAAAAUCUUCAUCUAGUCGAUACUUUCGAGGAAAACGGCAAAACUUUUGUGAGAAUCCCAAAAAAAGACCUUGUUUCUCAAGGUCCGCUAAAGUUUGAAGAUUUCACGGCCAAAGACAAAGCUGAUUUUAAUGACAUUGUGGAGAAGCUAGAAAAAUACGGUCUCUGCAUUGUCAAGAACUACUUAGACGUUAAGGACUGCGAGGAAAUAAAAGAACAGUUACUUCCUCAUUACUACCGCGACGAAUCUUGGAAUGGGUCCCCUUUUCCACGGCAAACAACCGUUGCCGCUAGAGCUGCCUUGAAAUCAAAGUGUUGUCGUGACAAAAUUGUUUGCGACGAUAUGUACUCUGCCUUGUGUGACAAGUUUUUAACGGAGUCAAACAUGUUUUGGAUUGGCGAAGGUUUGCGCCGCGGACAAUCCGGCUUUCAUCUGGCAUCUGGUAUUGCUUAUAGAGUAGGCCCUGGAGCUGGUGAUCAAAUGUAUCAUCGCGAAGAUAUGGUUCACCACAAUGUUCAUCCUAAGCGUAAGACAUACCACUACGGCGACGACUCGCAUCUCGGCUUCGCUGUUGCUUUGACCAAGAUGAACAAAGCCAACGGUGCAACGAGGGCAAUCGUGGGCUCGCAUUUGUGGGGUCCGCUUGACGGACCUGGCGAUUUCGACAAGAACAUGGAGGUACAUUUAGAGAUGGAGGAAGGCGAUGCCAUGUUUAUGCUUGGCAGUGUAUAUCAUGCUGCUAGUGCCAACAGCAGUGACAGCGAGCGCAUUGCCGCUUUCUUUUUCAUGAACAAAAGCUACAUGAAACAGGAGGAAAAUUACCAUAUCGAUCAAGCGCCCGAUUUUUUCAAGGGCAUGUCUUUGAAAACGUUGUCCUUAUUGGGCCUGCACAUCAGCGAGCCCUUCUGCGGACACGUCGAUUACAAGAGUCCCGCUUUUCACAUCAAUCCGGAGCUCGAGAAAAGUGAAGGCGUGCGCAAGGAGAAGUACUCGCAAGUGUUGUACCCCGCCUUCGAAUAA